AUGUGGAUACAAAGUGGAACUAAUACUAUCAAUAAGAUGCAAAUACACCCAUCAAGCAGAAAGAUUGAUGAGCAACAAGGUCUUCAAAGACCACCAGUUGUAAACCUUACUAAGAAAAAAAGACUUUAUAAAAAUAUUGAAAUCAAACUUGAUGAAUCAUUUGAUAUUGCAAAAAGUUAUAAUCUAAGAUUAAAAGCUUUGCAAUAUUAUUUUCAAUUAUUAAAAAGAAAUCAUAAAAAAUUUGAAGCAGCAAAUUUAGUUUCAAAAAUCUUAAAUAAAGGCCCAUGGUUUUCAAAAUGUAUAAGAAGUUGGGGAAAGUCAUUUAUAGAAUAUGGUGAUAUUUCAUAUAAAAAAAGAGGCAAACAUUUAAGAGGAAGUAUUAUUGAUGAUGAAGAUGUUCAGAUUAAAAUAUCAUCUUUUUUAAGAAAGGAAAAAUUUAAUGUGACUGUAAAUAAUUUUAAAGAAUUUAUUGCUAAAGAUGUAUUUCCUAGUAUAGGAGUUGAAAAUGAGACAGCAAUCAGGUGA